AUGACAUCGUACACGUCUUCAACCUCAAAAAUACAAGAAGAAGAACAGAAACAGAAGCAUUUGUCCAACCCAUUCACAGCCUUUAGAGCAUUGACUUGGCAUAAUUGGUUCACUUUUUACGUUGCUUGGUUAGCAUUGUAUGCCGAUUUCUUGGACAGUAUCAUGAUGGUGAUUUGUAUUCGAAAAUUAUCACUCUAUUAUGCGAUCUCAAAGACCGAAUUCACCACAGCAAUUACGUUAACGUUGCUCUUUCGUCCUAUUGGUGGAGUCGUAUUUGGCUUGUUAUCGGAUUUGAAAGGAAGACGUUGGCCAUUGGCUAUUGCUCUAACUUUGCUGGGAUGCUUUCAAUUAUCUUCGAUCUUUGCUAAAUCAUUCUCCGUGUUCCUUUUUAUUCGAGUACUGGCUUCAAUUUGCAUCGGAGGAUUUUAUGGAAUGACUUCGCAAGUGUAUGAUAGUGCACCUGCUCAAACAAGAGGAAUGCUUGGAGGGCUUUUGCACUGUGCAAUUAGCUAUGCAGGAGUCACAGCUGCAGGUCUAAAUAUGUCUUUCGGUGACAGUCCAGACUCAUUCAAAAAGAUGUUUUGGGUAGGCGUUGGAAUCACGUUCUUUGCUGCUUUGCUACGAGCUUUAUUGCCAGAAUCUCCACAAUUUUGUCAAGUGGAAGAUGACAUCUUGAUCGGACCUGGGGAAGGAAAGUAUAGAAGCAAGAUACGUAGGUUUGGAUAUCAAUUUCGAAUGAUGUUUUCUGAAUCUUGGCCAAUUUUUAUUUAUUGCACAAUCUUUGUAAGCUUAAACGGUUGGAUCAACGGCAUCUUUAGUGCCAAUUAUUUCGUCUUUUUAAUGUCGGAGAAAGGAUUGAGCAACAAAACGGCAAGUAUCGUCAUGAUGCUUUUGGCAAUUGGAACGAUUCUUGGUAUGAUUCUUGGAGGGGCAAUAAGUCAAGUUUCAUUCUUUGGUAGAAGAAGAAUGGCAGUUUUAUGCGCAAUAAUGUCAUUCUGCAUUUUACCAGCAGCAAUCCUACCAAAUACAGCAUGGGGACUCGCGCUUGGUUGCAAUUUCUUCUACAUGUUUCUUCACGGUUAUUCAGGCGUUAUGCAUUCUCAUUUGAACGAAUUAUCACCUGGUGCAUUUAGAGCAUUCUUUACUGGAACAGUUCAACAGCUCGGUGUAAUGUUGGCCGCACCUGCAACCCAAAUUGCCACAGCUAUUGCAGAUUCACACCAUGUCAAAGGACCAAAGGGAACUCUAGUGGAAGCUUAUAGUCCCACGAUUGCUAUUGGAGCGGCUAUUUGCCUAUUACUGAAAGUUGUUUGGGUUUCAAUUGGACCCGAACGUCGAGAAGCCGAUCUUCAGAGUUUCACACCCGCCCUAAAAUCGAGUGGUGGCCAACGUAAAUAA